AUGGACUUCUACGGCACAGCCUGCACUGCCAUCGAGCAAGCCUACAAAGUCACUGUUUUCAUCAAAGGCAUCAUCGACGAUGUCAAGUCUUUCGAUGAUGACCGGCUGGCAAUGCGACUCACCUUGAACACCCAGUUGUCAACCCUGCGCACCUUCCAGCGCCUUUUCGUGGACCCCGAGCGCGGUCUGCUUCUACCAGGGAAGGCCGAUCCUUUUGUCGCUCAGAACGUCAUCGACCUCCUUAUGCAAAUGCGCCAGUCACUCGCUCAGUACGAACUAAUCGCUAUCAAAUACGGCCUGGCGACAACGGAGAUAGAUGCUUUGGCACUGGACGAGAGGACCGAGGGCUCGCUUCUUCAACGCGCCAAGAGCAAGGCCAUGUCGCUGAUGAGAGUCGCCUACGACUGGUCGCUUUUUGACAAGAAGAAGUUGGAGAGGCUUUUGGAAGAGUACACCAAGUGGACGACCGCCCUGCGUGACCAGAUGCAGCUUUUCGGACUGGAGAUACUGGUUCGAGGCACUGAGGACGACAAGAAAGAACUCAACGCAAUUGGCCUCGGGCCUGUGGUUCAGCGCCAAAAAAUGGUUGAUGCGCAUGCUCCGGACGGUUUCCAAGACCUCCAAGGAGAGAUCAAGGUUGCGGAGUACGCAGCAAAUGGUUCUUUUCAGUUUGGACACUGGACAGAAGCCGGCGGGGCUUCAAGCACCGCCGUUAUUGUGGAGUAUCAUGAGUAUCCGAAGAAGUUGCGGAGGGAUGGCCUUGACCCUGACGAGAUCGCGAAACUGAAAGCCCCCAUCCGCGAUCUGGCCUGGUUAUUGAAAAACAGCACUUUUGGUAGUCGCAAGUCCAAGAGCGAACCCGAGCAAUUGGCGCCUCCGAAGAUAUAUGCAUUAGAGUGCCUGGGAUAUAUCGAUCAACCAUUCGAAGACCGACAUAUGUUCCUCUACCGUCUGCCCACGCCCCAAGACGUCGAAAUGCAGAGCCUCAUCACCCUGCAUUCCUACAUCAAUGCUGGCGAUGGCGACGCAAAACGCACCAAGCCGACGCUCAAUGAUCGCUUUACCAUGGCACACUGUCUGGCGAUCACCGUGCAAAACAUCCACGCCUCAAGAUGGCUGCACAAGAACAUCUGGAGCCGCGGCAUCCUCCUCUUCCUCGACACGCCAACGGGCGUCCAAGUCUCAGAGCUCCAAAAACAUCGCAUAGUCCCAAACAGCAAGAACCGGAUCCACGCAUACCUGAGUGACUGGGGGUACGCACGCUCCGAAACACAAGGCACGGCCAUGGCCGCCGACUUCGACGCUGAGCCGAACCUGUAUCGGCAUCCCGAUCGGCAAGGCGACCCCGACAAGCCGUUCCAGCGGGGCCACGACAUUUACUCGCUAGGCGUCGUGCUCCUCGAGAUCGGUCUGUGGGUUACAAUGUCUCGACUGAUGCGGAGCAGGAUCAGCGAGACGAAGCGGACGGGACGUUUGCCCAAGGACAAGGAAGUUCUUGCAGAGCUUGUCGCGUGGGCAAAGCAGAAACUUCCGACCGAGAUGGGCUAUGGGUAUUCACAGGCUGUUUUGAGUUGCCUUAAGGGAGAUUUCGGUCAGGGGGAUGCAGAGCUUGCGCUGAAUUUCCAGAAGGUCGUGGAUGUUCUGGCGACGGGGGAGGCGGUUUAG